CACUACUAUAUAACAAAUAAUUUGAGCCCUACAGACAUGUUACCAGAAGAUUAAACUGAAGCCCUGGAUCACAACAAUCUUAUGUGAAUUAAAAAAGCAUUUCGAAUCAAAGUAACCCAGUGAAAAUGUGGACUUAUCUUUGGGGGGAUGAAUGAUUUGAAGUUAGGGUUUGUAGUGAACACUGUUUAUGGCAAAGACGGCCACAUUCCGCAACAGAUUCAUCUCCUGAUAGUCAGAAUUCUUCUCUACUACUGCUAUACGCCCAAAAUAAACAUAACAUGGGGCUACCAUUUGUUCAGAUCAGGAAUACUUAACAUAUCCUAUAGGAAGAUAUCCCUCCAAUCAAUUGCUCUCAAACCUGCUCAAAAGCUCCUAUCUGACCUUACUAACAGCUUUACCGUACCCUGUGUUAAUAAAACCAGUACCAAAACCUAUCAAAAUGGUAGGACACCUCUGGAGGGCGGGGUUAACGAAAUGGAAGGUUCUGAUUUGUUGAGCAGGUUAGAUGAGGAGGCUGAGAAGGAGGUCGAGAUGACUAACAGGAGCUGGGAGGAGGCGCUCACAAUGGUCGCUUCUGACUUCAACUGGGAUGAUGACACUGAUAAUCUUAUCUUCGUUUUGUCAUCCUCCUUGAUUGGUGACAGUGACCGAAUAAGGACAAUAUUAUCAAGCUUAAAGAAAGAUAAAAAGGUUAAGUUGGUGACGAUCGAUACAAACGCUUUGGAGGGUUCAAGGUCGUCAAUAGACCAAGAAGCUCUUGAUAAAAUAAUACAUGGGAGGUACUCAAGGCAGAAAACUUGUAUCGUUCCUACCGACCUUCUUUGCUCCGACCUAUCCAAGUUUUGCUUCAGACAAAUUUUCAGGUCACAUUUGACGAACCAUGUCAAUAAACCUGCCCAGAAAGUUAAAUUUAUUGGAACAGAGACUAUCCUUGUACUCGAUGACAGUAGCGGCGAAGAGAACCCUGCGGUGGAUGAUGGAGACAUGGAGUUUGCGCUGUCUCCAAUGGAUCAGGACAUGGAUGACAGAGGACAGUUCAUCAGCUUGAUGUUCAAGAUGGAGGUCUCUUAUUCUUUUGCUGGCAGGUAUUUGGAUCACAGGAACUGCUACUUUGUGGCGUUUAAUUACCCAGUAAUUUAUUGCAGGUAUUUGGAUCACAGGAACUGCUACUUUGUGGCGUUUGAUGAGAAGUUUGCCGAAUUUACCACCCCGGACUGGCCGUCAUUCUCAGUCGAGUCCGUCGAGGUAAAAGAGGACAAAAAGUACAGUAACACGUACGUGAUAAAGCACCUUACCCCUACAGUUGGGGUCAUGUUCAGUUUGUUGGCCCUGGCUGAUCCUUCCGAUCUUGUUCAAUUACCGAGAACUCCCGAGGAGGAGUGUUUCGAUCUCAUUUCUUUUCAUGAUUUGGGGGUGGACGAGAAUUCAGCGGAUUUGUUUAUUGAUGUGAGCAGUCAAUUUCGUAUGAGUGUCAGUGACUUGUGUCUGAUAAACAAUACAACCGAGAAAAACGAUUCGCAUAUGAUGGAACAGAUAAAGAACUUUCACGAUCUUCACAUAAAGGAUCCAUUUGUCGUACGAUCUUCUUCCAAACCCGACGACAACUGUGAACCUAAGAGGGUAUGUAAGGUAGAAGACGCACUAGCUACCAUACCCGAGAUAACAGCAGAUUGUGCGUUAGACGAGGCCAUGUUACAGUCAUCUCCGCGAUCUUACGAGCGCGCAAACAUCGCAGCACUUGUGCGCAAAUAUCAGAACGACGUGAAACAAGAGCUGCAAAGUCCUUCUAAACUUAAAGAGAAACACAGUGAUGAUAGUGGGAAGUUGGUGAAGGAGCACAAAAUUCAGGUGGUAUUGCACCUAGUUUGGUACUGUGAGUUCAGUGAUAUGGAGACCGAGGAGAAGGAUUGUGCUGCAUCCGGGGUCCUCGCUCUCCUCAGAUCUCUCUCCUUCCUUACCUCUCCUACUCAAAUGUUCAACUUCCUUAACGACCAGAUAUUGAAGGAGUUCCACGAGGAUUGCCAAGAUUUGUUGCGAGAACUUUACGAGGAUGGUUUCUUGAUGGAGGUUCCAGAUAUUUUGUGUGACGACUCGAACAGUCUGUCUAGCAGUGUUCUUUCUACACACCAUGCUCAAGCCCCACUAUACUGCGAGGAUACAUCUAACUCUCAAUCAAACGACGCCACAAUCUCCUCCCAAUCAACAUUUACCCGUCAUCGGAGCUGGAUGGAUCCUUGUCAGAGCUCUCAGAGCAGCUUUUCUAUCUCAGUCCCCAAACACAAGAAAAAGAAGAAGAAACAUCGGGAGUACCCGGGUAAAGUGCGGGAGCAUAAGAUAGCAGCUAAGGUAUGCAGCAAGAAGCAGGUUGGUGUGGAAGUGGGACGGAGCAAAUAUUUGUCUUCUGAGAUAACUCCUGAUGAAGUGAAGCAGAGCUCUAAGAGACGGAAGUUGUCACGGAAGAACUCUAUUCUGGACACCCCACUUAAAAAACAGGUUAAAAACCCUACGGCCGCCAAGACAAGCAGAGCUCGUCAGCGGGUCGAUUUGACUCCCCAGAAGGAAUGUACGUCUGUAUCUCAGAUCCAAGAAUCUCCAGUCAGAGCAACUUCAGGUCGAGCAUCGUCCUUUUUCGGCAGCCAAUCUCAAAACAAGUCCUUGAAAACAUUCGCCAUCAAGGACGGCUUCAAGACUCCAAACAGACCAGUUUUUAAUUUGAAAACCACUCCCUCCAGUUCGACAGAAGAUAUCCCCUCCCUUUUCCGGAGUCCUGACCAGGUCAGUAACACUCCUCCUCGCGAUUCCAACUCUCAGCACUCGAACACUCAGAACUCGAAUACUCCGAACUCGAACUCUCAGCACAGUUUUACUCCACCUGGUACUCCUCGUUCUGGAAGGAAGUUUGUUAAGAAAAUAUUGUAUAACUCACCUAUGAGGGCUCUGUUUGUAACUGGGAGCCAGUUUUCCCCUAAACGUAAACCUCUUGAUUCGGACUACAUUCAGAUGAAAGGAUCACCCUCUAGAAGUAUGGUGGAGAAAGAAAAUGAACCUUUCUUCCCUACCUUAAAACAUUUCGACAACAGCUCAGAUCCCAAACUACCGCAAUCAGAUUUUGGCACCAACACCCUGGAGCCAAUAAUACAUCCCCGAGUAAACGAGGACGCCCAGAUGCCAACAUUCCAAUCCUCUCCCUAUCAGGGCACGAUAAACAUACAAUCCAAGGGAGGGUUCCUGAAGCUUCUGGAAGAAUCCAACAGCAUGUCGCACGGAAUGUCGUACGGAGUUGAUAAGAAGCGUGAUUCGGAUAAUGAGUCGGAUGUAAGUGCAGUGUCAGUGUCUAGUUUCAAAAGCAUUCUCAAAUCUCCCUUCACCUCGGGCAAGAGAAAGAAGAGAACUGUUAGCUUUUCUCUUGACUUGGAAACUCCAUUUUCAUCGGACAACGAAUCAGAGAUCACUGGCACAGACGACUUUUGUAGUUUGUUGAAUCUGGUGGAUGGGUCGAUUAAAAGUGAUGAGAUAGUAAAUACGUUCGAUAUGUUUGGGUGUGAGUCUUUGAGCAAUCAUAGCUCACAACCACAACCUGGAAGCAAUCCUAGCUCACAACCAAAAUCUGAAAACAAUCCUAGCUCGAAACCAGAAUUAGGGAUCGAGUCGAGCUCGAAACCAGAAUCGGGGAAAAACCUCAGCUCAAAACCGGACGUAGAAAACUUUGGGGAUGUCGAUUGCUCAAUGGCAACGAUCGGGUCAGAUAUUUCAGAUGAAGGGGAGUACAGAAAAAGAAAGCGUUCCGAAUCUCCAAGUUGAUAGGAUCCUUCGGGCAAGUUGUUAGGUAGGUGUAUCACUCAUGAUAAAAUUCUGCUGUUUAUUUUUUAAUUGUUAGUUAGUAACUAUAGCACGGCUGAUUGUUUUAACGGGUCAAAUUUUUAGUUAUUACCAAGUAUUUAUAAGUAAUAAAUUAUGUUAGGACUAUUAGAUUCCUAUGGUGAUUAACUUCUCUUUCAAGGCAGUGUAUUAACAUUUAUUUAUUCUAAAUUUUAAUCAAAAGAUCUAGGGUCCUUCUACGAUUGCGAGAAAACGUAACAUUAGGAAUUUUAAUGCUUAAUAUUUAUUAUAUUUAUAUAUAUGUUUUUGACAGUUUUACCAAUUUCAUGUUUUUACGUUUAUAACGGUAUUUGUUUUUUUAAAGACAUGCCUAUUGUAAGGUCAUUAAUCUAUAAGUAUAUUAACAAUUUGAUAGAAAUAAUCAGGGCUCGAAAGUGCUCUUAUUAAAAUUGUGGUUUCUAGUUUUACCGACUUUUAGAAAAUUCUUUAUUACCAUUUCUAAAUUUCAUUUAAUGGAGUAGACAAUUUUAUAACAUAAUAGAUUUGCUGAAUUAACAAUUGCAAUAUUAGGUUUCAAUACAUUAAUUAUAGUUA